UUACUCGUCACUCGUCAUAUUCGCUCCUGAAUCCUCCAUCCUACAUCCUCCAUCCUCCAUACGUAGCCAGGCUUGACUCCUCCAUCCUCCAAGAUACCACAGCAAAAUGACCACCACGAUGGCACCCGCCGCACUUAACGUCCUCUACUACUUCCAGAAGCAAGAGUUGAAGCUCGAUUUCAACGUCGCCGACCGGGCGCAAGCCUAUCAGAACCUCAACCGCGAAGGCCGCAUCUACGCCACUGAGCCUACUGCCGUGUACCUCCCUCUCCCGCCGUCAAUGGCAUACCUCCGCGACAGCCACAACGGGAUGGUGAUCGGCUUCACGACCGGCACAGAUGCCACUCGGUGGUGUCAAACCGCCGUGCUAGCCCGUCUCCACUCUCCUACUGCUCCGCACGAGGUCCGCAUUCGCCGCGCCUGGACGGAAGAGGCCCUGGACCAGCAGCUCCAGGUGCACCAGUUCCCUCUGUUCAUGCCGGACCAGGAUGAAGCGCCGCCCUCUCCGGGCUCCUCACCCGACGCACAGCCCGCCUAUAGCCCCGAGGCAAGCCAGCCAGUCAAGGGGUCCCAGCCCGGAACAUCCCACGGGGCCAGACCGAGCAUUUCGAUGCAGUCCCCCCCCUCAACGAGCGCCUAUCUCCCUGUUCCCAUGCCCCCACCGCUGCUGCCGGCGCCCUUGACGAUUAGGACGCCGGAGCGAGCCCCAGCAACGCAGGAGAUGAUUGGACGUCGGCCGCGAGCGAGCAGCUUCUACUAACAUCGUUUUUCUUUCGAAAGGCGGUUGUUUCUGCUUGAAUUAUUCUUUG